UCCCGCGUUGCUGUGGCUCUGGCACAGGCCGGUGGCUGCAGCUCCGAUUCGACCCCUAGCCUGGGAACCUCCAUAUGCCGUGGGAGCGGCCCUAGAACAGACAAAAAAAAACACCGGUGAAUCAUUUAGCACCAUUUAGCACAUACACAAUGUUGAGCCCCCCCAUCUGGUUCCAGAACAUUCUCAUUCCCCCCCAAAAGAAACCUUGUAUGUUAAAGUUCACUCUUAUCCCGGUACCCCCGGUCUCCUCCUCCAGCCCUGUGACCACUCUGGAUUUGCCUGUUCUGGACAGUCCCUAGAAAUGGGGCCACACACCAUGAGGUCCUCCCAGAGUGGCUUCUUUGAGUGUCACAUCCAUCAGAACGUCCUUCCUUUUCAUGGCUGAGUAACAGUCCAUUGAGUGGGGGGACCACAUGUUCCUUCUCCAUCAGCCAGCAACAGGCACCAGCGGCCCAGAGGAGCCAAACCCCAGAGAAGGGCAACGCCCGGAACAUCAGGUAGCCAUGCACACAGGGUAGGGUUGACACUGGCCCUGGGGCCUGGCUCCCCUGUCCCAGUAGCCUGCUGGUGUCCAAGUAGUGAACGCAGUGCUGGCCAAGUCCGCUUCCCAGGAGACCCAGGGCACGCACAGACGCAGCCGAAGCCGUGGUCACUCCGGGUCUCGGAAUGAAUCCAACGCAGCAGCACCAUGGGACGGCUCCUCCGAGGUUAGGUUCCGGUUCUGUUCCUGAUCCCUGGGGCCUCUUGCUCCCGAGCCUGUGGGACCCCAGAUGCGCUGCUCUGAGCUGCCGUGUGGAGAGGCACGCGGCAGGCACGUCUGGGCGACCGCAGCCCCACACCCUCGGAGAGUCCUCCCAGCAGCCAGGUGGACCCCCCCUCCCCCGACAGCCUUCCCACCAAACCGCAGCCCUGUGGACGCCUUGCCCCACCUCGCCCAGAGCCUGCGAGGUAGUGUGUGUUGUUUGCAGCUGCCACGUUUUGUGAUCACUUGUUGUGCAGAAAUGGAGAACAAACAUCCGUCACGAAGAAACAGCCGUGCUUCCCGGGCUUGGCCCUUGGCGUCUGGACGCUGCAGAGACCCUCUGAAGGUUCUCCAGCGACGCCAGCGGAGCUCGAGGGGGCCGCGCGGGGCCCUGCGCCCCCCCAGCGGGCCGGGCGGGGGUCGCUCCCGGAGCCUGACGUCGGAGCGCAGGAGGCCCCGCCCCCACGCCGCGCUCGCGCCCACGUGCCGGCCGGCGGCUGAGUCACGCCUGCGCGGAAGAGCCGCUCCCGCCUUUCCCGGGUCUCGUCGCGGGAGCGCCGCGAGCCUCCCGCGGCCGCUGCCUUCGUCUUUGUCCGGGAGCUCCCCCGAGCCCCUGCUCUCCCGGAGGUGCUUCUGGGGCCUCUCCUCCUGCCUCUCUGCCGGGCUGCAGGCCUCUGCGUCUCCGCUUCACCCAAGCGAGCCUGGUUUGGUAGCAGCGGGAGCGGCUCGUUCUCAGAUCCAAGAGGCUCUGCUGGGUUGAGGGUGUGACGCUGAGAGUGGUGGUUUUCCUUGGUUUUCCUUCGCAUUGUGUUGUCCCUUUGUGUACACAGUGGUCUUCCGUUGAGAACUCGUGAUAUGUGAUCGGCUGUAAUUUGGGGCAUAGGAUAGUAGGGUCCUGUAGGAAGCCCUGACGUGUUCUUCUUUCAGCAGGCUAGCUGCACCAGCACUUGAUCCUCAGUCACUUAAAUGCGGUUCCAGACAUGGAGAUGAAUUGCAGACGGAUUUUAUGGAGUCCCUUCCAGGACUGCUGUUUGUAUUCAUGCCUCCAGUGUAACCUUUCAGGGUUUCAACCGCAAGAUGCGACCACUUGGUAGCCCUAAGCCCAGGAGACUGUCAAAAUCUGGGCGUUCUCAUCGAGGCUCGGUGGUUAACGAAUCCGACUAGGAAUCAUGAGGUUGUGGGUUCGAUUCCUGGGCUUGCUCAGUGGCUUAAGGAUCCACUGUGAGCUGUGUGCAGGUUGCAGUCUCGGGUGGGAUCCCGAGUUGCUGUGGUUCUGGCGUAGGCCAGUGGCUACAGCUCUGAUGGGACCCCUAGCCUGGGAACCUCUGUGUGCCCCGGGAGGGGCCCUAGAAAAGGCAAAAAGACCAAAAACAAAAAAACCCUGUCAACAUCUGUUUUCAGGUUCUCAAGUCUUUCAGCUGUUCCUUGCAGAACUGAUUGGCCCGAGUGAAAAAUGACUAUAACUGUAAGGCUUACUUCUCUGGGCUUCCUUCUUUUCCUCCUGUUUGUUGGUUCCAUAAUAUUUCACUGUAAAAUGAGCCCUCUGAUGUCUUGACAUAGCUCGUUUUUUUGUUCUCUGUAUUUGUUAUGCAUAUUUGACUAUGUUUAAAGCUGCUCUCUAUGAGAGGCUGAUCUGAAGCGCCUGGAGCAAACUUGGGUUCACGGCUUUGUGCAGUGAAAACAAUCUGUUGAAAGCAGAUUGGGUUAAACCAAAGUGCGGUGUUUUCUGUGGGCACCAAGCAAGACGUCCAGGUAGCUAGUGUUCAAAAGACCCAAACUCCUUGAAGGCUUUAGGGGAAAGGUCUUUCAGAACACGGGUGAGUGAGGGGGUUUGGGGUGUGUGUGAGGUCAUUGGGAUGCAACAUCAUCAACCUUCUGGUUCCACCUGGUUUGGGGUCUGCACACUUGCAGGCAGUAUGAGAUUCAUUUCUUCCACCUGGCGUGGGUUUCAGUCUCUGCAAAACAGCUCAAAGAACAUGGGUCAGAAUAUUACCUACAGCCCUGGAGGAGGAACUAAAGUUCCUUGAUUUUUGUUUUAGGGCUAAGCUAUUUUGUCUUGCCUGACUAUCUUCAUUUAUUUUUGCAUUUUUCUCACUUAACUGAUUAAAUUUUUUGGAACUGGAAGUUCCGGUUGUGGCUCAGCAGUAGCAAACCGGACUAGUAUCCCUGAGGACUCAUCUUUGAUCCUUGGCCUCAUUUAGUGGGUUAAAGAUCCCACGUUGCUGUGAGCUUUGGUGCAGGUCUCAGA